AUAAAAACCAGGCUAGCCUCAAACUUACCUUAGUAUUCCCAGUGCCAAUGACCAAUGUAUAAUCAAUCAUAUCCACUUGGUAUUGCUACCAGAAAUGACUGGCUGUUAGCAAGAGGAGAUCUGUAUUCUUCCUUUUUGAGCUGUUUUUGUUGUUUUUCAGACAGGCUCUCCCUAUGCAGCCCAACCUGGCAUCCAACUUGAAAGCAAUCCUCCUACCUCUGAGCGGAUGGGAUUACAGUUUCAAGGAUCUUAUGUGGCCCAGGCUGACCCCCAAGUCCUUAUGGAACUUCACCUCCACCUCCCAAGUGUGAAAUUACAGAUCGGCGGCAGCUCCGGGGCCGAGACUACGAUGGAGAAUUUCUCGGCGCUGUUUGGAGCUCACGCUGACCCCCCACCGCCCCCAAGCGCCCUGGGCUUCGGACCCGGAAAGCCUCCCCCGCCACCCCCACCUCCUCCAGGAGGGGGACCCGGCACGGCCCCGCCGCCAACUGCCACCUCGGUCCCCACGGACGCCGACAAGUCGUCGGCUGGAUGCGGCCCCUUUUACCUAAUGCGGGAACUGCCAGGUAGCACAGAGCUGACAGGCAGCACCAAUCUAAUCACACACUACAAUCUGGAACAGGCCUAUAAUAAAUUCUGUGGGAAGAAGGUGAAGGAGAAACUAAGUAACUUCUUGCCUGACCUGCCAGGGAUGAUUGAUCUGCCUGGUUCCCAUGAUAACAGCAGUCUCCGCUCCCUCAUUGAGAAGCCUCCUAUUCUUGGUGGUUCUUUUAAUCCUAUCACAGGGACCAUGCUGUCUGGCUUCCGCCUCCACACUGGCCCGUUGCCAGAGCAGUGUCGUCUGAUGCACAUUCAGCCUCCCAAGAAGAAGAACAAGCAUAAGCACAAACAGAGCCGAACCCAGGAUCCUGUCCCCCCAGAAACACCAUCUGAUUCAGACCACAAGAAGAAGAAAAAGAAAAAAGAGGAGGAUCCUGAACGAAAAAGGAAGAAGAAAGAGAAAAAGAAAAAGAAGAACCGACAUAGUCCAGACCACCCAGGUAUGGGCAGCUCCCAGGCCAGCAGCAGCAGCAGCCUCCGUUAACAGGACCACUGGACUCUGCCAGGAUGCCUUUCCUGUUGUACUGAACCUGCUGACCAAAGCUGCCUUCCAGGGUUUUGGACACUGCCUGGGGGAAUCCGCAGCUGGGAUAGGCCAGCUCUGCUGUGCUCGAUUGUGAUUGAUACAUGUCAGACGAGCCCGUGUUUUUAAGGUUCAGCCCAGUUGGCUUUCUCCUGGACAUCCCUUCCUCUCACAGGAAGCUUAUUUUUUUCUCUCCCCAUCUUUUAUGCAAUUUGUCUGAUUUCAGAAUUUCAUUUGUUAGUUUUUCUUUUUUUUUUUUUUUAAAAAAAGCAUUUAACAGACUGGCUAGUGUGGCUGCCUGUUAAGAGGUAAGUGCCUUUCUAUGAAUCAGGGUUUAAGACAAGGCAUUACUAGGAUAGAGAUUUGGAUCUUGCCAUUACAUUUUCUAAGCAGGCAAGGAAACCAAAAUCAGAUUGGAGAACAUGGUCUGAAAGUAAGGCAGAGUUUGCUGAUGCUUUUCCACAGCAAACAAAAUAUCUCUGCCCAUUAUGUUCAGAGCCAAGUGCCUGAAUGAUCUUCAACCUCUAUCAGAAAAGCUGAUUUUAAGGUUCAGCCAUGUAUUCCAGGUCAAUUUUGUGUUGAAACAGAAUA